GUGGCUUGUCAUCAUUCUCGAACAUUCUGAAGCUGUGAGCUCUCUCUCCUGCUCCCACUCGCCUUAUUUUCCUUUUCGCCACUGCGGGGACGUUUUCUAAUUUGCUGCUUCCCUUUCCCGACACCCACAGACAGAAGCUGGUGGCUUGCAGCCUGCGUCUGUCUGGAGCGAGGGCGAGGGCGCAGUCCGGGGAGGAUAAUGCGCUGGCUCCUCUCAGCCGCUGCAGACCUCACAGGCUAGGCUGGGUGGCAGCGCUGCGGCCGUGCUGAUUCUUCAGCUUGUCUCUAACCAAGGAAGCAUUGAUUGGGAACUAUUCAUUCAGAAAAUUAAAAGUAAGAAACCAGGGAACAUUAUCAACCUUUUGAAAACUCAACAAACAUUACCAUUUUUCUACUUCUGUGAACAGGAGAGGUCACAGGGCAUUAAAGCAUGGCAGAUGAUCGGAAAGAUGAAGCAAAGGCUCCUCACUGGACCUCAACUCAACUAGAGGCAUCUGCGCAUCCGCAUCCACCUGAGAUUAAGGAUCAAGGCGGAGCCGGGGAAGGCCUUGUCCGAAGUGCUAACGGAUUCCCUUACAGAGAGGACGGAGAGGGCACCUUUGGAGAGCAUGGGACACAGGGCACCUACUCAAAUACCAAAGAGAACGGGAUCAAUGGAGAACUGACCUCAGCUGACCGAGAAACAGCAGAGGAGGUGUCUGCACGGAUAGUUCAAGUAGUCACUGCUGAGGCUGUAGCCGUCCUGAAAGGUGAACAGGAGAAGGAAGCCCAGCAUAAAGGCCCACCUGCAGCUCUGCCUUUAGCAGCUGAAGAGACAGCUAAUCUGCCUCCUUCUCCACCCCCAUCACCAGCCUCAGAACAGACUGUCGCAGUGGACGAAGAAGAAGAAACGCUAGAGAGGCCGAUGGCCGAGGAGGAGAACCCUGCUGCUCUUCCCGGGAAAGAGCGUGGGGCUGCUAUGUCCUCAGACCAGCACAAGGGCUGCGGUGAGGGCCAAGUGGAAUCUAGUGAGAAGGCCCAAGUAGCUCCUGAAGAGAGCGCCCCAUCAGGGACCCCACUUGAGAAAAGUGUAAAGGUUGCAGAGGGGUCUCCGGAAGUAAAAGCCCCUUCCUCUGCCCAGGAAGGUUUGCUUACAGCCUCGAAGAUGGAAUCCCAUGAUCAGCAUGAAUUGAGUCCAUCUACAACGGAGCCAUUAGACACAAAGGCAAAGGAGGCGGAGAAGCAAAGUAAGCCUGGUGAAGAUCCUAAACACGCUGCCUUAGUUUCUCAGCCAGAGACAACUGGAACAUCCCCUGGUGGCAAGGAUGGGCAAGAACAGGAAGAAGAGGACAGAGCACCUCCUAGUCUAUGUGGACACACUCUGGAUGCCGCUCCUGAAGACUUUCAACAGAAGACAGAUUUGAGCUCCCCAGUGCCUGGGAUAGGCUUCUUUGCAGAGUCUCCAACUCAAAAAGAGCAAAAAGACUGGUUUAUCAACAUGCCGACGGAAGCCAAGAGAGAUGAGUGGGGCUUAGCUGCUCCAAUAUCGCCUGGUCCCCUAACACCAAUGAAGGUAAAAGACAUGCUUGAAGAUCUCCCCAAAUGGGAAGGGAAACAGUUUGAUUCUCCCAUGCCAAGUCCCUUUCAGGGUGGGCACUUCACUCUUCCUUUAGAUAUCUUGAAGAAUCAAAUGUCUGCGGAAGCAUCACCCUUUGCCCCUGUCCUAUUACAGCCAGAUAACAAAAAAUCCCUAGAAGAAGCCAGUGGCCCAGAGUCUGCCAACGAUACUUCUAACGUGGAAGAGUCCCUGAAGGAUAAACCCGACCAACUGGCAGAAACCCCAGCCUCAGUGGCAAUUCCCUCGCCCGAAGACACACACAUUCUCGUAGAAGAACGUACCACAGAGAACGUGCCAGAGGAAGAGAGGGAGGCCACAAUAGAAGCGAGUGGACAGAAAAGAGGACCCUCCACCUCCAGUGGAGACAAACCGAUACUUCCUGAAACAGAGCCCCAGCUCCAGCACGAAGAAAAAUCUACCAUCGCUGACAAAGAAGCUUUGCCGGAAGAUAGCAGACCUCCACAGUCGACAGGUGAUGCCACCGGCAUCCUUCAGACCACCACAGAGCAGACUUCACCAAAGGAAGCACAGAAAGGCCUAGAACCCACCACAGAUAGCUUACAACAAGACUUAGCCCCUUUAACUUCAGAGCAAUCCGUGACAGAUUCAGCCAUGGCCGCUAGAGCACUGGAGGAAGCGCUGACUGAACCUUGUACACUAAGUGCAAAGGGUUCGAUCCAGGAACUUUUUGACGAGAGGGUUAUUGACAACGAUGGUAAGAUCGAAAGUGCGGGAGCUGCAGCCUCGUCCGAGCUUGACAUGCCAUUUUAUGAAGAUAAGUCGGGAAUGUCCACGUACUUUGAAACGUCUGCCUUGAAAGAAGAAGUAACGAAAAGCAUCCAGCCAGGCAGCGACUACUAUGAACUGAGUGACACAAGAGAAAGUUCCCACGAGUCUUUUGAUACUCUAUCUCCCUUGCACAAAAGUGAGGAUAAGGGAGCCCCUGCAGGACAAGAACCCCAGCCCCGUGUGGCAGCACAGGAAGCGGGGUACAGCACUCUCGCACAGAGUUACCCAUCCGAUUUGCCAGAAGAACCCAGUUCUCCCCAAGAAAGAAUGUUCACUAUCGACCCAAAGGUGUAUGGAGAGAAGAGGGAUCUCCACAGCAAGAACAAGGACGACCUGACCCUCAGCAGAAGUCUAGGCCUGGGUGGAAGGUCUGCCAUAGAGCAAAGGAGCAUGUCCAUCAACUUGCCCAUGUCUUGUCUUGAUUCCAUAGCCCUGGGAUUUAAUUUUGGUCGGGGCCAUGAUCUGUCUCCCCUGGCCUCUGAUAUCCUAACCAACACUAGUGGAAGUAUGGACGAAGGAGAUGAUUAUUUUCCGGCCACAACCCCUGCACUGGAGAAAGCCCCUUGCUUCCCAAUAGAGAGUAAAGAGGAAGAAGAGCAAAUCGAGGAAGAGAAAGCAACAGGCGAGGAAACUAUCCAAGCGGAGACAUCCUGCGAGUCACCUUUCCGCACCAAAGAUUACGACAAAAAUGGGACUGUCAUGACCCCUGACUUGCCCGAAAUGCUAGAUCUGGCAGGCACCAGAUCGCGAUUAGCUUCUGUCAGUGCGGAUGCUGAGAUGGCCAGGAGGAAGUCGGUCCCCUCUGAGACUGUGAUGGAGGAGAGCUGUACUGGUUUGCCCCCCGUAACUAUGUCCCCCCGUGAACACCAUGUCGUUGUCAAAACAGACAGUCAGCUGGAAGACCUGGGCUACUGCGUGUUCAAUAAGUACACAGCCCCGCUCCCGUCACCUGUUCAAGACAGUGAGAACUUAUCUGGGGAGAGCGGUUCCUUUUACGAAGGCACUGAUGAUAAAGCCCGGAGAGAUUUGGCGACAGACCUUUCUCUGAUUGAAGUCAAACUGGCAGCAGCAGGGAGAGACCAAGAUGAGUUGAGUGGGGAGAAAGAAAGCUCCCCACCUACGUCGGGGCCAGGUAGGGAGUUUGAUCAGGAAAGGAAAGCGAAUGAUAAGCUGGACACGGUGCCAGAAAAGGGUGAAGAACACGUUGAUGCAAAAGAACACACCCAGGAAGCAGAAGAGGCUGGUGACAAAGUUGAAACAUUUGACUUAGGAGUCACCGGUGAGCAGUCCUUGGCCGAAGAGCUGACAGGAUCGCAAGAUACACCUCCUCUCAUGGCUGAGAAAGGAGAGGGAGGUCUAAGCUCAGUGCCAGAAGUAGCGGAGGGCGAGCCAGCCAAAAAAGAUGAACCAGGAGUGGAUCGGGCCGCAGAGAAGGCUGAGCAGGGUCCAUUAGAGGUUCUAGUCAGCGACUUUGGACAGAUGGCCGCAGGGCCAGCUGUGGAUACUGGCAUGGCGACAGAGUUGAAACCUGAAGAAGCACAGCCAGACCUGGUCCCUUCAUCCAAAGUUCCUCAGGAGGCAGAUGCCUUGACAGGUGUUGAGUCUGGCCACACGAGAGAAGGCCCCAAAGUGAGUGAGACGGAAAUCAAAGAGAAGGUGGCCAAGCCGGACCUGGUCCAUCAGGAGGCUGUGGACAAAGAGGAGUCCUAUGAGUCUAGUGGUGAACAUGAAAGCCUGACCAUGGAGUCCUUGAAGCCCGACGAGGGCAAGAAGGAGACUUCCCCGGAGUCCUCUCUGACCCAAGAUGAGAUUGCUGUGAAGUUGUCGGUGGAAAUACCUUGUGCCUCGGCCGUCUCGGAGGCUGAGAGCGCCCCGGAUGAACGAGCCGAAGUCCAGAUGGAAUUUAUUCAGCCUCCAACGGAAGAAAGCAAAGACACCCCAGAUAUCUCCAUCACGCCCUCGGAUGUCACCGAGCCCUUGCUGGAAGGGGUUGUGGCAGAACCCGUGGAGGCUCAGAGUGAGGAAGACGAGAUCGAAGCCCGGGGAGAAUCUGACAAGCUGCUCUUCCGCUCGGACACCCUUCAGAUUACGGACCUGGGCGUCCCGGGUGUCAGGGAGGAAUUCGUGGAAAGCUGCCCCGGGGAGCACAAAGGCGUCAUCGAGUCCGUGGUAACCAUUGAGGAUGACUUCAUCACCGUCGUGCAAACCACCACUGACGAAGGGGAGUCUGGUUCCCACAGCGUCCGCUUUGCAGCCCUGGAGCAGCCCGAGGCCGACAGGCGACCGUGCCCUCCUGGCGAGGAGCCCGAAGGAGAAGAGGCAGCCGAAGCCCAGGCAGAACCCAAGGAGGGCUCCCCAGACGCCCCAGCCUCCCCCGAGAGAGAAGUCGCCCUGACAGACUAUAGGACAGAGACUUACGACGAUUACAGAGAUGAGACCACCAUCGAGGACUCCAUCCUGGAUGCUGACAGCCUCUGGGUGGACGCUCCAGAUGAUGAUCGGAGCAUCAUGACAGAACAGUUAGAAACUAUUCCUAAAGAGGAGAAAGCUGACCCGGAAGCUCGGAGAUCUUCUCUUGAGAAACAUAGAAAAGAAAAGCCUUUUAAAACCGGGCGAGGCAGAAUUUCCACUCCUGAAAGAAAAAUAGCUAAAAAGGAGCCUAGCACAGUCUCCAGGGAUGAAGUGAGAAGGAAAAAAGCGGUUUAUAAGAAGGCUGAACUUGCUAAAAAAACAGAAGUUCAGGCCCACUCUCCCUCCAGGAAAUUCAUUUUAAAACCUGCUAUCAAAUAUACUAGACCAACUCAUCUCUCCUGUGUUAAGCGGAAAACCACAGCAGCAGCAGCUGGGGAACCAGCUCCGGCUCCUGGUGUCUGGAAGCAAGGCAGGGACAAAGCAUCUGAUGGAGUGACCAGGAGUCCAGAAAAGCGCUCUUCUUUGCCAAGACCGUCCUCCAUCCUCCCUCCUCGGCGAGGAGUGUCCGGAGACAGGGAUGAGAAUUCCUUCUCUCUCAACAGUUCCAUCUCUUCAGCACGACGAACCACUAGGUCAGAGCCAAUUCGCCGAGCAGGAAAAAGUGGCACCUCAACACCCACGACUCCUGGAUCAACUGCCAUCACUCCGGGCACUCCGCCAAGUUACUCUUCGCGCACACCGGGCACUCCUGGAACCCCUAGCUACCCGCGGACCCCACAUACACCAGGGACCCCCAAGUCUGGCAUCCUGGUGCCCAGUGAGAAGAAAGUUGCCAUCAUACGUACUCCUCCCAAAUCUCCAGCUACUCCUAAGCAGCUUCGUCUCAUUAACCAACCACUGCCAGACCUGAAGAAUGUCAAGUCCAAAAUCGGAUCAACUGAGAACAUCAAAUACCAGCCUAAAGGUGGACAGGUUAGGAUUUUAAACAAGAAGAUCGAUCUUAGCAAGGUUCAGUCCCGCUGUGGUUCCAAAGAUAACAUCACGCAUUCAGCUGGGGGCGGAAAUGUACAAAUUGUUACCAAGAAGAUCGACCUAAGCCAUGUGACAUCCAAAUGUGGCUCUCUGAAGAAUAUCCGCCACAGGCCAGGUGGUGGGCGUGUGAAAAUUGAGAGCGUAAAACUGGAUUUCAAAGAAAAGGCCCAAGCUAAAGUCGGUUCGCUAGACAAUGCUCACCAUGUACCCGGGGGUGGUAAUAUCAAGAUUGACAGCCAAAAGUUGAACUUCCGAGAGCACGCUAAGGCCCGUGUGGACCACGGGGCCGAGAUCAUUACGCAGUCUCCAGGCAGAUCCAGUGUGGCAUCACCGCGACGCCUCAGCAACGUGUCCUCCUCGGGAAGCAUCAACCUGCUCGAAUCCCCUCAGCUCGCCACUUUGGCGGAAGAUGUCACCGCCGCACUCGCAAAGCAGGGCUUGUGAAUAUUUCUCCUUGCGCAUCGAAGUCAUAUAUUUAGGCAUGAGCUCUUUGGCAGGAGCAGGCUCUGAGCAGGUGUUACGGUCAUCCUUUACACACCAUAAAAGAAAUAAUCUCACCCCCAAACUGUAGUCAUUGUUAUAAUUUUAUAAAAAAAAUGAAUAGAAUAUGCAGAAGUUGACCUGAUUUCCAUUUGCAACAAGAAGACGCUGGCUUUACAUGGGUACAAUCGGACAAUUAUUUUUUGCUCUGCUCUGUUUUGCAUGGAGUAUUAUGAUUUAUAAAAUUGCAUUUUACCUUUCAUGUGCCUGAAGGCUACCACGACACUCUGAAAGGCCUUGUUAAAAUCCAUGCCGCUCCUUUCACUGUUCUGUUUAUGGGUGAAAAAGAUACAAUACAACCCGCCCAUUAAAACUUCUUACAGGUUACAUUCAGUCAAGAAGUCUGAUUGCAGGAAGGAAAGAGCACGUAAGAAAUAACAGGUUUUCUUAAUGUUAUUUUGUAUAAAUGGGAAGAAAGAUUCAAUUAAGUUAUUAACAUUUGGGACCUGGAUAAUUAUAUCAGAGUAUAAGUGAAACCAAUAAAUUAUUUAACUAAUUAAAAACUAGCUACAAAGCAUUUGAGCUGUGGUGGAGACAGUGGUGUAAAAGUGCAUCGCUUAGGAAUGAGGCACUUGCAUUAUGACAGACUCUUGUCUGAUUAGAAUGUCAGUUAAUUGGCUAGAUUUAUGUCUACACUACCAGUUUCACACCCCCUUUCCAUCUGUUUGAUACAGUAUUAUAGAUAUAAAUAUAUAUAUUUCUCUGUGGCCAUUUGUGAUACUUCCUCAUGUACUUGAAUAUUACACUCUUUAUUCACAGUAUCUGUGUGCCCUGCACCCUUCGGUGUUGCAGUUUUAGGGAUGUGAAAGUAGAUGUUAGCAGCGAUCUUUCCCGACUUCAUUAAAAAAAGAAAAAAACAAAGAUGUUAGCAUGAAGUUGCUUUCUGUAACAACUCCAAGCUGUAACCUUGUUUUAGUGCCAGAUACAAGUCUCACCCGUGAUACUAGGAAAAAAAUGGUUUUUCUUUGCUUUUCCCCAACAUGGAGUUUGUGGGGGUGGGUCCCAUUAUACAUAAACGGGUCUACAGAUUGUUGGCUUAAGAUAUGGUUGUGUUUCAGUUUUAAUAACAGAAUAGUUUGGGUUUUAUUCCUAUAAUCAUUUACAAAACAGACUUCUUAAGAUUUCUUUUUCUUUUCUUUUUUUCAUUUGCUAAAGUUGAAACCCACAGUGAAAGUCAGGGACAUGAUAUUCCAUUUUUUCCCCAAAUAAGAGUAUUAGCUGCUUAUUAAAUUCCAUGUUAGAUGAUGUCUGACUACCCUUCCCAGAAUCAAGCUUGCUUGAUCAGAGAAAGAAAAAAAUAAUAAUACAUGGGAGAUGCAGAUAAGGAAAUCAGUUUUUCAGGAUUCCAACAUUAUAUUCCAUGAAAGAACACUGUGUGAUUUCAUACUACGUUUACCACUAGAGCAUACUGUUUUCUGACCUUACAUGCAGCCCAGGUCAUAAAUCAAUUAAUCAAUUCCUCUCACAAAGUGCUCGUCCUAGACUUACAAGCAGGCAAUGACAUAGCCAGUGACCUGAAUAGGGCCAUGAGCCAUAGGGGUGGCUGGAUAUAGCUCUUUAAAGAUAUGUUUCUCCCGUUCUUCUUGCUCAGGGCAGGUAAGCGGAAUCUGAACGGUGAAAGGCAGUGGGUCAGGUAGGUGGAUCAUUAAAUCACAUCAAUUCCCAAAUCUGAAGGGGGAAGAAUGAGCAUGGGCUGACAUACUGGAGACGGAGGAGCAUGAAAGGAAAAGCCAGCAGAUGCAGAGACAAGGAGACACGGAUGUCAUUUUGUCAUUCAUUGGUCAUCACGUACAGCGUGCCUGCCACCAGACGCCAACCCACAGCAUUCAUUCUCAACUGAGAGUUUUUACACAGGCAAACGCAUCAGGCCAUUUAAAAUCAGUUAUUUUAUAUGACAGUCAGAAACAUAGAAACUGUCAAGUAGGACUCUGGAUGUUCCUGCCUUGUAAUUGCUGGAAGGUUUGAUUUCACUAGUCCAGGCAAUUUAUUCAUUAGUUCAUUAGAUGAGAUGCAUCUGGAAAUAGGAAAAGAAGAAAUAGCUGUGCGGAGACUCAUGGUUUUUUCUUAUGUGUGUUGAUAUGUGUUAGAUAGUCAUUACAGUUUGGGGGAAAGAAGCUAACUGCUAGUUAGAACAGAUUUAACCUGUAUAAAAGGCAAUUUUUUUUAAUGUUUAAGUAUUUUAUAAAAGUUAAGACAGUGAAGACGCUCGAAAUGUUCAAAUGCAGCUUCCUGAAAUACAUGUUCAAAAUCAAGUUUAUAUUAGCCACUAAAUUAUUAGAUCUGGUAUUUUAAAAAAAAGAUGUGUUUCCAAUCACCACCAAGUUCCUACAGUGAAUAUAUAUCCUUGUUUUCUAUGGGAUUGGAGUUCUAACCAAAAGGACCUGAUCGUUUGCACGUCUUCUCCUGGGUGUGGGGUGUGGAACCCAUCUCGCGUUCACUCUCAAGGUAACGACUCUGAUUAAGCUUUUUGAGCACCACUUUUGUGGGGACACAUACGCUGAUCUAGAAAGGAAAACAUCACAGUUCCCCUUCUAGAUCGACCAGUGCCAGGUUCUCUUUGGCUUUAGCCUUCGAGGAGCUGUUUCAUGAUACAGAAGCAAUCCAGAGGUGCAAAGAGUUGCAAGGCCAACUCCUCAAGUGAACUCACUCUCUGGGGGUCUCCUGCACUUGCGAAUCAGGUGCUUUAUAAGGAUGCAGGAAAGAUCCGGGUUCAUAAUGAGUUUUAAGGCCAUGUUCGUUUAGGAACAACUCUCUCUGGAUUCACCUGCUGAGUUCCAGCAGGACGAUGGGCCAAAAUCCCACCCACACAGAAGACACCCAUGCAACCUAUCAGGGAGGUGUGACUGAAGCAAGCUGAAGAGAGGACAGGUGAAAUGGGAGAAUGUACUGAUUGUGGCCGGCCUUCUCCAUACACUCACGCAGUCAUACUGCAGAAAGGGGGGCCACUGGCCGAAAUAGGGCAUCAUAUCAGUGUUAUUGCAGAAAUCGUCAGAGUGUGGUAGAUUCUGUCAUAGUGUGUCUCCUGUUUUUCAUUCCACAUAAAGAAAGAAAAGAAACUAUUCACGAUCGAAAGUAGCGUAAACUUUGCAUUUGCUUGCAAAAGGCCAUUUCUAGGCAUUCCUUCAAGAUUGAUAUGUGGAAAUCCACAAUGCUUGUACUUUUACACCUAGAAUGUUUGACCUGGUUGUGUGCAGAUUGAGGCCAGGUCCCCCCGCAGGAAAAAAAAAUGUCUUAGAGACUCAGAAAAUACCAACCAUUAAGAAAUAAAAAAUUACUUCAACUUUAGCAAAAAGGAAAAAAAGAUCAACAAAAAGUAUACUCUGUAUGCUGGGAUUGCAAGGUUCCCACACACCACGACAAAUCUGUGAGGGUUUCUUUCUUCUGAAAUUCUAAAACCUGUGACGAUAGAAAGGCACUUCUUCAAUGGCUGGUUGUAGUUAGUUCAUGUUUUCCAAUCAAAUUUGCAAAUGUAUUUGUUGCUGUAUAGUGAUUGUUUUGCAAAAUAAAAUUGCUUGUCACCUAA